CCGCGCCCCCCUUGGAUCCGGGGCUCGCGGUGGUGUCGGGGGGCUCCGAACUCUGGCUGCCCGGGAAAGUGCCUUCAUGAGCCCAGAGGAUGUCCGGGAAGCACUACAAAGGUCCUGAAGUCAGUUGUUGCAUCAAAUACUUCAUAUUCGGUUUCAAUGUUAUUUUCUGGUUCUUGGGCAUAGCAUUUCUUGGAAUUGGACUGUGGGCAUGGAAUGAAAAAGGAGUACUGUCAAAUAUCUCUUCAAUCACAGACUUGGGAGGUUUUGAUCCUGUUUGGCUGUUCCUGGUUGUAGGGGGAGUUAUGUUCAUUUUAGGAUUUGCAGGAUGUAUUGGAGCUCUUCGAGAAAACACUUUUCUUCUCAAGUUUUUUUCCGUCUUCCUGGGAAUUAUUUUCUUCCUGGAGCUCACUGCUGGGGUUCUGGCAUUUGUUUUCAAAGACUGGAUCAAAGACCAGCUGUAUUUCUUUAUAAACAACAACAUCAGAGCUUACAGGGAUGACAUCGAUUUACAAAACCUCAUAGACUUUACCCAGGAAUACUGGCAGUGCUGUGGGGCUUUUGGAGCGGAUGACUGGAACCUAAACAUUUACUUCAAUUGCACAGAUUCCAACGCCAGCCGAGAGCGCUGCGGUGUCCCCUUUUCAUGUUGCACAAAAGAUCCUGCAGAAGAUGUCAUCAACACUCAGUGUGGAUAUGACGCCAGGCAAAAACCUGAGGUGGAUCAGCAGAUUGUAAUCUACACAAAAGGCUGCGUGCCCCAGUUUGAGAAGUGGUUACAAGACAACCUAACCAUAGUGGCUGGUAUUUUCAUAGGCAUUGCAUUGCUUCAGAUUUUUGGGAUAUGUCUAGCCCAGAAUUUGGUUAGUGACAUUGAAGCUGUCAGGGCCAGCUGGUAGAAGCGCCGGAUGAAGUGACUGCUCUAAGACACUGGACCCCCAAGACCUUCCCCCGCCUCCAGCCCGCCGUGCCGACGCCGAGCCCCAGCUCCACGGAUGAUGCUUGCAGGCUUCAGUCCCAAAGGCUGGUAUUGUCGCGAAACUGCUCCCGUGGGGGUGAACCCAGGGAGGCUUAUCAGGACCUGCUGCUCACCGACAGAUUUCAAUUUUUUUUUUAAAGGACCCAUUUGAAAGCUGUUGAACCGUGCAUCUACUGUAGCCAUGGUUUGUGAACAGUUGGACGCUUACCAGAAGGGAAACUCCAACAGAUGUGCGUAAAUUGAAACAGAAUCACCAGGUGAUUGGUGGAAAAGGCUGUUUUCCUCCCCUUGUGUUCCUGGAGGGCUGUCGGAGGUGGCGGAGGGAGUUUUGUGUCUGCAUCAUACCCAGGAGGGACAUUCUUUCCUCAGUGGAAAGGAACUGCUCUCUUUUCUAAAAUGAAACCCACUGACUGGGGGCAAAAAUAUUUUUCUUUCAUCUCCCACUAUAAAUAUUAAGAAAUUCUAAGAACCAAGAAGAAAAGAACUUGGGUCUUUUAAGUGUCUUGCUGCAGAAUUUGUGACUCACGAGAAGCACCGCUGCCUGCCGAUCCAGGUUCUUCCCCCUUUGCCAGGGAAGGGAAUCAAUAAGACAUCUGCACUGAGCCAAUGAGUGGAAGACUUCAGGGUGCCGUAUCUUAGCCGAGCAAUUGUCCUAAGCAAGCCUGAGGUUUAUUUUAAAUAGAAAUAGGAGAAGAAAGUGCAUUAAAUGAAAUGGUGUUACCUAAUGUUCCCCUUCCCUCCCCCCCAAAAAAAUCAGUUGGUGUGUUCUUUGGAAAUUUUUGGAAUACUCUUUGGGGGGGAUUAGCGGGCUAAGGCUUUGAUACAAAUCUUUUACGUUUUCCUUUAAAAGAUUUUUUCAGCUAAAACGUUGACUUUUCCUUUUUAAUGAUUCUUACUUGCAUGAAUUGUGACUUGAGAUCCACCAGCCAUUCUUCCCUCCCUAAUGUCCCAGAAAUAUUUCAAACUGUAAUUUGGUCAGAACUGACCUUUUUUCUUUGUUUCUUUUUUCUUUUUUAAGUGCAUGGCUGUGGGAAGUUCUGGCUUGUUCCCCGCAUCCUUGAGGGGAAGGGAUCAGCCUUGACACAUGAAAUGCUUCCAGGAACUCAGCCACGCGGUCCCGGGGGUCUUUUCUCAUGACCCCUCCCUCCCAGCUCCUUCCUUCCUUCCCCCAAAUGGAAUAAAUGCCAACGGGAAGCAGCCCCAAUAGCUCAAAAGGCUUCUCUUUUUUUUUUUCCAACGGAAAAGAAAGAAAUCGUGUGUGUGGUCUCCAGUUACCUCCGUCCUCUUCCAGGAGACUUAACAGCUAUAGAAUGAUAAUGAAGCACAAGGGUCAGGAGCCAGGACCGCUGUCUGAGCCGGGAGGAAGGGCCCUUUGACACUGUCGUGGUGCUGCCAUCCCAACGUGACCUGGUGCCAGUGAGAAGGCCAGAGAGAGCCUCCCGGCUCCUCCAGAAAGUGUCUGCUCCCCGGGCAGCGGGGCUGCUACAAGCGCCGGGGACCGACUCUCCCCAGCAUGCCGUCGUUGUUCCGGGUCGCCGUGUGCCCGGGGCCCUGCGGGGAGAGACUGAGCUUGGGUUCUUCUAUCCUGCAGCCUCUCCCCCUCUCCUUCCUGUCCCAGUCCUGGGGAUGAUCAAUUUUUGAAACGCUCAUACAAAAAGAGGAAGAAAAUAACUCCAUCUAUAAACUUCUAGAGAAUGACCUGUUCCAUCUUUGGGUGUGUGUGUGGGUGUGCAUGUGUGUGUGUGUGUCUGUCUGUACCUGUAGAGUUAGAAUCGCUCGUCCCAUGUCCCGGUGAUAGACCCCGACCUUCGUCCAUCCCCAGCCCUGAGUUACAAUAGUUGCAUCCUCCCCUGGCGGGGAAGACUGGAGUUCCCCAAGUUGCACUUUUGCCUUUUUUCCCAUUAAUUACCUCACCAACGCCACCCGAUCUUCAGACUCAUCGUCGGGCAACAUGCCUUCCCUGCAGCGAACGCAGCAAGUCCGCGGGAGCUUCAUUUUUUAAAUCACUCAUUAUUUUUUACACUCAGAAAGUGUUUGUAAUAAAGAUCGUCCUUAAUAAACCUGGUUCCACCUUU